AUGCAGUCCUCUCAAGGAUCAUCAUCAGGAUCAGGUUUCAAUAGCGGUCCUUCUCAACCUCCGCAAUCUCAAAAUGGACAGUACUAUCCUCUUCCUACCUCUAUCUUUCCUAUCACCGGCUCGAGAGCAGCUGGUGUCGAUAUUCAAACCAACAACAACCCGCAACCCCCAAUCAUCGCUCAUGGCUUAACCCAAGCUGAGAUAAAUAGGCAUCAACGUCCAGCUCAUGUAACAGGUAACGAGGCUGAGGGGGAAGACUUUAGGGCUGGGUUCUUCCCUAUUCCUGGUACCAAAUGGUCUUGGAAUACCGUAGGGAAUGGGAACCAAGAGCAACCAAUUCGGGCGGGGAAUAGUGGUAAUCAGAGUCAAGCGGAAUCUUCUUCUAUAAAUUACGAUGGGACUAUACAAGGUGAACAAUCAAAAGCUUCAAGCUCAUCAGCAGCAGGAGGAGGAGGAGGAGGGAAUGCAGAUCCAAUAUCAGCUUUCCUAUCUGAGAUGCCGACUAGAGCUGAAGAUCCCACAAGACACGUUUUAUGGACAGAAUUGAUCAAGUUGAAAACUAGGACAUUGGAAUUGCAAAUUGCAGAAGCUAGGAAGAAAGAAAAGGAAGCUGAAUUGGAGAUUAUGAGGUUGAAAGCUGGUGCUGCGGCAAAAGAUAGUGGUGUUGGAACAGACAAUGUAAUAUCGAGUAAUCACGGAGGUCAGAACUUGUUAGCUGGAUCCUCGAAGAAUAGUCAUAACAACGAGGUCGAUCAUUAUUCGAUCAACCCGCAGUCCACUCCUCCCAACAUACAGCAACAACAACAGCAGAACCACCCGUCGAAUCCCUUCGUCCCCCACAGUCAAGCUCAAAUUCAACCUCAAUCCCAGCCUGUCAUGUCCCCUUUCGACCUGGAAGCGAUGCUUUCCACUGAAAAUCUCGAUAAUUUCUUAUCAUGGCUACCUGAUCUGGGUGAUCAUUCUUUACCUGAUAUAUCAUCUCUGGCUCCUAACACGGAUUAUCCUACCAACAAUCAUAACAACGGUAACAUGCCAUUCUCCUUGGAACAUCCAACUAAUCUCCUACCUCAAAAUACGACAUUCCCUCCAUCGGUGAACAUGUCUAUCACCGAACCAAACACUCUGCCUCAGCCUCAAUCUUCGCCUCAGCGACGACGUAGUGCAUCUGCAGAGGAAACGUCUCCUGCUCAACUACAGCCGCCGAGUAAGAAGAGUAGGCGUGGUACGGAGAAGAAGAUCGUUAGUGAACAUAUCUCAGGUUGUAUGGGCUGUAAGAAGAACAUAGCAAGGAUAAUGAUUCGUUCGCCUAAAUCUACUAUGCCCGAACCGAUUAUCGUCCAGUUGAGUUGUACGGGAUGUAAGCCGAUCAAUCAACCAUCUAGUACGAAUAACGGUAUAGGCACGGUGGAGACUAGGAAGAGAAUCAGGGUACAGAUGGAGAUUGACGAUGAAGAGACGAAAGUGAAAGAAAGGAAACAAUGGUGCGAUGUAUGUCAAAGGAUCAUAGCCUCCGGACAGAUCCUGGGAGGAGACGAAAAUGAAUCGGUCAGUAGUAUGACGGAAAUUGUCUGUGGGGAAUGCGAUUCGAAAUAUCAGAGAUGUACUGAUUGCGGAGGAGGUGGUGGUUCUAGGAUAGGUAUAGGAAAAUGGAGGAUGAAGCAGGUUUUCCAUCCUGGUAGGAAGACUUGCAGUUUGAAUCAUACCAGACUCGGUGAUCGUAUCCGUGAGAUGGGAGUUCAUGUUACCCCGUCUGACUUCACACCUGAACAAAUCAAGGAGGUCUUAACGCGUUGUAAGGCAUUGUGGAAUGAGAAGACUCUAGCUCGGUUAGCUGUCCCUGAGAUGUUGGAGGUUGACUUGCCACCUGGAUUGAGUAAUCCAUUGAGGGACUUUGCCGACGUCGAUGAUAUCAUCACUAGGAAUUGGCCAAGUAGAGAAGCGAUGAUCAGAGCGGAUGGUUUAGAUCCGAACAAAUUCAAAAGGAUGAUAUCUCUCAUCUGGUCACACUCGAAACCCCGACGAAGCGUUCGUACGGUCGACUUGGAAGAGGAAUGGUCCAAGGAUGUAGAUAAUGAUGAUGAUCUGAGCACGGUGUUGGCUCACGUCAAGAGAACGAACGUGGUUAUUCCCCCUGGUUCGGAACUCAUCGGAAUGUGGGGAGGAGAAUGGAAUCUUCAGAACGGCUCAUUACUUAUAUCAACGUUUAUACCGUUCGAAGGUGCAGAUGGAGAAGAUUCGACUGCUUUAUCAGUCGGGGAGAUGAUAACGAAAGUGCAGUCGCUACAACAAGAGAUCAAUGCUGAACGUACAGAACAAGCUAAGAGGGAAGGUAAACAACCUGAUUUGUUACCGCCUUGUGAGCAUUUAUGGACUGUUUCGGGGGGCUAUAUCCCGCUAGUGAGAGAAAGGUUCGCCGACAUUCUCAUAAGGAAAAGAUCGUUCGUGCAUGUCGAAGAGUACCUGACUAGACAUCCGGAAUUCAUCGAAUCUAUACGUGCUAGGCCAGUUGGUCUACAUCCAGAUAUACAUCGCCCCUUACCCCUCACUCAAAGCGCAUCCGAUGACGAACAGAGGGAGAAACAAGCUGAACCGUUGAUAUUGGUCAGAUGGUUAGGUAAGGAGUUUGACGCAGCGAAGAUCCUCGAGAUCAAACAGAUGGAAUUUGGAGGAGGCGCAAAGAAGAAGAAGAGGAAGUUGUAA